GCGGCCUGUGCGUUCUCGUGUCUGCUAUGCAUGUGGUUCUGCGAAUGUUGUUGACCUGACCCCCGGCCAACCGUACACAUCAGGGAGUUUUCCUGCUGGUGUGAUUCCGGUGUGUUAUUUUUUAUUAGCGCAAGGCCUUUUAAAACGAAUGAACUUUCCUGCAUCUAACUCCCGCAGUCAGUAUGAUUAUUCGAUGAGCUGAACCACUACGUAUUUACAUUUUUGGGAAUGUACGAUAGACCACACAUACGCCCAUUAAAACACCCCCACAAAACAAGGACAUCGAAAACAAUAUCAGGAUAUCUUGCUCCCGGUGCCACAAGUUUCUUGUGGUACGAUUGGUGGGUCACUGUGCCAUAAUCUGCUAGGCUGGAACUUGGACUGAUUAUUAUACGAUCUGUGAUCGUAUUGUCGUUCUACUCGUCGACCGUAACUGCAACCGGCAGUCCCGAUGUCACAGCAGGCGGUGGAAAGUGUUGGCAUGAAAAUUCCCAACUGCUCGAAACCGUUCGCGUGUCCUGAAUGUAACAAGCUUUUCCGCCAGCUGAGCACCUUGACCAACCACAUGAAAAUACACACAGGUGAAAAACCGUACAAGUGUACGAUUUGCUCGAAGGAAUUCCGCCAAACUACGACACUUUCCAACCAUCUGAAGAUACACACAGGUGAAAAGCCGUUCAGCUGUAACUUCUGCGACAAACAGUUUCGGCAGCUCAGCACGCUCUCAAACCACAAGAAGAUUCAUACAGGUGAAAAGCCAUUUGAAUGUUCGGUCUGCGGUAAACAGUUUAGGCAGUCCAGUACGCUCAACAGCCAUAUCAGAAUUCAUUCGGAUGAUAAAUUCUGCAUAAAACCCUUCAAAUGCAGCAUCUGUCCGAAGGAAUUCCGCCAGACGACGACGCUAGCGAAUCACAUAAAAAUCCACACAGGUGAAAAGCCGUACACCUGUACAUAUUGCAACAAAACCUUCCGCCAGACGGGAACACUCUCGAACCAUCUAAAGAUUCAUACCGGCGAAAAACCGUUCGAGUGCUCGGUGUGUCGCAAACAGUUCCGCCAGUCCAGUACCUUGAACAGCCACAUUCGCAUCCAUGUUGAUGAUAAGUAUUGUAAACCUACAACGGAGCCCAUAAUAGCCUCGGUCAGCGAUGGACUCAACAUAAAAGAAGAGGACGUCAAACCGUUCUUUGCCAUGAUGUAGAUAAAACGUGCGAAAAGGUGUAGCGUACAUUUCAUUUUCUCAGCGUACCGGCGCCAAGGAUUCGAUCACUGCAACGCGGCAGAUUACCCGCACCGCGGAUUCGUCCGGUUGUUCGCUUAAAUUACGUUUACAAUCGGCACCCAUUGUCGUCGGCUUGUGGACAGCGUUCUUAGCGGUCUCGUGAAACUUAUCGUUAAUAAAUUGUUGCAAUUUAAGUUAUAAU